AUGGCUUCAGAAUCGCCCCGCGGCCGCGUGCGCACUCGCUCGCCAUACUCUGAUGCCUCCAAAGGCAGAGGAGACCCUCGGUCCAUCUCCAGACCUCGUCGGUCAAUUACCCCUCGGUCAAUCAGCAGGAGCCCUCGUCGCAAUGGCAGAUACAGAAGUGAAAGUCGCAGCGUCAGUCGUGGCAGAAGUCCAAGUCCAGUCCGAAGCACAAAGGUUGUGAUCGAAAAGCUUACGAAGAACGUAAACGAAGCCCACCUGCGAGAGAUAUUUGGUCAAUAUGGAGAAAUUCGCGAUUUGGACAUGCCAAUGAACAGAGCUUCCUACAUCCUGUAUACCUCCGAGGCCGAUGCUGAAGCUGCAAUCGCGCACAUGCACGAAUCGCAAAUCGACGGAGCAGUCAUCAAUGUUUCCAUUGUUCUCCCACGUCGCAAAUUCUCUCCCUCCCCACCUCUCGCGAGACGUGGCGUAAACCUCGACCCCCGUGCAUCUUUCAAUGCAGCUCCCAAUCCAGACGUCGAUCGCCCCUUCCUCCCUAUGGCAGAUCUGAGAGAAACACCGACACCUACCGCCCAAGAUCCCGCUCACGGUCCCGCUCUCCAAGACGACACCGCACCCGAUCUAGAUCUCUCUCUUCGCGCUCACGCUCUCCGCCAAGACGAGGACGUGGAGGAGGUGGUGGAGGACGCCGAACAAGUCCAGCUCGAAAUGGUGGCAGGAGGAGAAGAAGCCCAAGUUAUAGCAGCUACAGCAGUUAUGAUGAUCGAAGCAGAAGCAGAAGUCGGGGACGUGGAGGUCGUGGAAGGCGAUAAAUGUACUAUGAAAUGA